AUGUCUGCGCCAAGGGUCAAUUCACUACCUCAGUUGGAUGAGACAAUGUUGGAUCUCAGGCACGGAGCCCCGGGAAAUCUGGUUGAUGGCUUUACAAGGCUGCUUCAGGCAAGCCGCCUUGAAGAUCAAGUUUCUACAACGUCCAGUCGCGAUAACAACAUCCAGAUCCAGCAGAAUAUCUCGCAAGGUGACAGAUCAACGGUGCUCGAGACACGUCAGAACGAGGCCAGCCUGGUCCACUACAGGUGCCAGGAUUCCCGGUAUCAUCAGGCGCAACAAAUACCCAUGCAGACACCAUUGUUCGUCUCUGAUCAGCAUAGCCUCAGUAGCUUGCAAAGUCCCGAGCCACCCCACAGCAAUACGGUGCAGACAGAUCUGGACGACGCUAUGCAGAAAACCAGUAUCUGGUCAAGUAAGAUGUCGAAUUACCAGUACUCCGGUCCGACGUCGUUCAUAUCCAUAUGUUCGGCCGCAGGUAUUCAAUGGGUCUCUGAGCGCACCAAAUCUUCCAGCUUCGUGGACUCUGCCAAUGAGUUCACAGCUGGCAUAACACGCCUCCUGAAAAUUGACAAACGGUGUCCGUCACCGCCGAUCAAGGAGCCAGAUGUAGAAACUGCUUUGAUGUACACUCGAGCUUACUUCAACGAGUCAGUCGACGCCUAUCUAGCCGUCGUCCAUCGACCCUGGUUUGAGCAGCGAUUGAACGAGUUCUACGGAAACGGCAUGAAAGACGAAGACGCAUCAUGGUACGCUCUUCGAAUGGCCAUCUUCGCAUCUGGUUGUCAGAUUGAGCUUUCCAAAACGCAAAGCUUCCACGAAGCCAAUGAAACGGGAUGGGGAUAUUUCGAGAAUGCGCUCUCUGUCUACACAAACAUUCUCUUCUAUCAAACCUCCAUCGUUGGCGUUCAGGCCUUGGUGGUUAUGUCUUACUAUUGUUCAUCUAUAAGCCACGCCUGUCUCGAAUAUAUGCUCUGUAAUGAUGCCGUACGGUUAGCAGUGGCUCAGGGCCUUCACCGACAACCGCCGCCUUCGUUGAACCUGACGCAGAGCGAGAUAACACAGAGACAGUGCAUAUUCUGGGCAGCUUAUUGCCUCGAAAAGCAGACUGUCUGCCUAUCGGGACGCCACUCGAUGGUUGACGACGGCGACGUUACCGUAGAACUACCGACGACUGUCUCUUCUGGCAGUACUCUGAACCUAAAGUUCUCCAGAACCCUUAUCCUUGUCGCGCACUUGUCGUCAAUGGUAUCAAAACAACUCACCAGUAUGCAGGCUCUGCGACAAGGGCUUGACUACCUUGCGCACAUGGUUAUCAAGUUGGACGAAAAACUCGACGCACUCAAAAAGUCCCUGGAGCCUAUACUGGGUCUCAGCACGACGCCGAAAGCUGGACCUUCAACGUCAGGGCUGACCACGAACCAGAGCCUGUAUCUUCUAUAUGCAAUACUCAACCUCACCCUGAGCAUCCACACCACGCUGACACAUCCAUGGGCCCAGUAUCUCACCGCCCACCAAAAGCCGAGUGCCGAAGCACAAGUGCAGAUAGACAAAUCAUUUCAAAUCGUUGCAGAAACAUGUCGAAGCGCAAUCCGACUGGUCAGGCAGAUCCAAUUCGACCCAAGCACUCCUGUAUCAGUGAGCUUCUUCGGCCCGAUAAACUCGGUAAUCAACUUGUUCAUUUUCAUCCUGCAAUCUCCCCAAGAUCCCAAUGUGCUAUCCGAUCUUGCCCUGUUGGACUUCGGUGCUGGAUAUUUCGCCUGGAUGCAGAUCUGUACAGAGUCCAAGGUUUCCAUCGCCCUAGCGAAAGAGUUGGCUGCGCUGGCUCAGGGGUUUCUGAGAGACUACAAGGACACCGACAAGGGUCUCGCGAUUCAGGCACCCUCCUCGCCAAGAGCUGCGGCCAGUGGUGAUGACCAGGAACAACUCAAUGAAGGCGGCUUAGGGACGGAUCAGGCCACUGAUGCGCCGUCUCCGCCUCUGCAAGACUCGAGAACCCAGGAAUGCCUUCAGGAUUUGUCACAGCCUGUGGACAUGCCAUCUUUUGAUAUUGAUUUAGAGUAUUGGAGCACGUUUGUGCCCGAUAUAUUUGACCAGUCGAGCGAUUUUACUGGGAUUCAUGGGGUUCAUCUGCCGAUAGAUUGA